CGGCUUGUUUUACUUCUCGAUCUUUAAUGAGCGAGGUAAUCUAGCAUUGGCAAUUUUCCUCUCCCUCCCGCUGUUGACGCGGGUGGGAAAUAACGGGAAUCCCCCCGGUCGCUCGCUCGGGUCCGAACGGGCCCUUCACGUACCCCCCGGCUGAACCUCGACACCGGGUGGCGGACCGCCCGGUGGUGGGCAGGCAGAUAUUCCGGAGCAGGUUGCGAAUCCCGCUUGCAUUCGAGCAGUCGAGCGCCGGCCUCUCACCGCGCAACGUUCCGCUCCUCUCCCGAGCGGCCCUCUCGCCGUUCCCUCCUGCCUAUUAACCGAGCGUAGGCGACGAAGGUAGAAAUUUCCGCAUUAGCCGCCGCACCACGCUGAUUCCACGGGGCGGCUCGCGAGGGUGAUGCGAAGCCUCGAGCUCCACGAGGACCACGUGCGCGACGACCUGAACGGCUGCGUGGCAAAUCUCCGCGAUGGACCGAUAAGACAACGGGACGGCGCCGCGUGACAUGAGAGGACGGCUGCGAAAAUGAUGAGGAGGAGCGGCAUAAACGGACGAGGAGUCGGCGACAACGGCGAAGGAGCGUUGGUCCUGCUCCUCGUCGCAUUGACUCCUGUUAUCUGCUCCGCCGGAAUCCUGGACCCUUGGCAGUGGGCGCGCAGCGAUCGGAUCGAAGUCAACAUACCUUGGCUGCCUUUCGAGAACGAGACGCGCUGUUACGACGAGCUGGGUUGCCUAAACAUCACCAGGAGCUGGUACCACCUCAUUCAUCGACCCCUCAACGUGUUUCCGUUACCGCGAGAAGUUAUUAACACGAGGUUCAUCCUCUACACGAAUCAGAAUCCCCUAGACGGACAGAUUUUAAAAGUGGCCAAGGAUAAAUCCAUCGAAAAUUCAAACUUUAAUCCUAAACGAAAAACCAAAUUCAUUAUACAUGGCUUUAUAGACACUCCACUCAGCAACUGGGUCAAGGAGAUGAGGAGCGAGUUGUUGGUGCACGGCGAUUACAACGUUAUCGUGGUCGACUGGGCAGGUGGCAGCCUACCUCUGUAUACCCAAGCGACAGCGAACACGAGGCUGGUCGGACUCGAAUUAGCUCACCUCAUCAAGCACUUGCAAACAAAUUACGGCCUGGACCCGGACGACGUGCACUUGAUCGGGCACAGCCUCGGUGCCCACACGGCUGGCUACGCGGGCGAGAAACUGGGCGGCAACAUCGGACGUAUCACCGGGCUGGACCCCGCGGAGCCGUACUUCCAGGGGAUGCCGAGCCACCUUCGCCUGGACUACACGGACGCCCGGCUGGUGGACGUAAUUCACACCGACGGGAAGAGCAUAUUUUUCUUAGGCCUUCCAGGGUACGGGAUGAGCCAGCCCUGCGGGCAUCUGGACUUCUAUCCGAACAACGGCAAGGAGCAGCCCGGCUGCACGGAUCUGAGCGAGACCACGCCGUCGCUGCCGCUCACUCUGAUACGCGAGGGCCUCGAGGAGGCCUCGCGCGUCCUGGUCGCCUGCAACCACGUGCGCGCGCUCAAGCUCUUCAUCGAGAGCAUCAACUCCAAGUGCCAGUACGUGGCGCACGAGUGCUCGAGCUACGCGAGCUUCCUACGGGGCGAGUGCUUCUCCUGCAAGAGCAACAACAGCUUGAGCUGCGGCGUGAUGGGCUAUCACGCGGACACCAGUCCGGCCCUGGUGAAACGCCAGGCCAUGGGGCAGGACGUCUCGUCCCUGCUGGGCUCCAAGUUCUUCUUCAUGACCGGCAAGGAGGAUCCGUAUUGCAGAAGACAUUACAGACUGACCAUCAACCUCGCCCGACCGCCGACCGCGGAGAGCUGGGUGCAGGGCUUCAUGAAAGUCACUCUCCACGCUGACAAAGGUGUGAUACGCAACAUGGAUCUCACGCCCAGCGGUUACAUGAAACUGGAGCACGGGUCGACCGCGCGGAUGGUCGUGGCGCACCCGACCGGUUCCAUCGGCAACAUCGGCAAGAUCAGGCGGGUCGAGCUGUCCUGGGCCUACGACAUGGACGUGCUGCAGCCCAGGUCCCUGUGCUUCUUCUGGUGCAAUGACCGCCUGUACGUCAACAGCGUCAGAGUGGACGCCAUGGACCUGCCGGGCAGAGGAAAACGGGAGGUGGAUUUCUCCAGCAGGCUCUGCUCGGCUGGCAGACAGGAGUACGCGGAGAUCGCCAGCGGAUCCACCGCCACGUUCGUAGACACUUGCUGACGAUCCGCGGCGGGAAAUCGCAUCUCGGGCGCGUCAUGUAAUUACAAAACGCCGUAGUGUUAGCUGCUUCUAUCCGUAGGCGGUUACUUGAAAGUCGGACGACAACGACGACGAUGAUGAUGUUGAUGAUGAUGAUGAUGAAACGCAACGCGAGAGAAUCGCGGCCCCUCGCAAUCCUCGUAAUUUCUUUCGCCGGCGAUACAGCCGGCGGGAGACAGGCGUUUUAUGUGUUCGGCUCUUUCUCUAUUUAUCGCCGACGAUCUGCCGCUUUCUUUAGACGCGGCCCGGCGGCGCGGCACGAGCCACCAAUUAACACUUCCACGAGGCUCGCGGACGAGACGAUCUGACGUAAUUCGCAGUCUUGCAUGCCUGUAAUCGAGUUCCUAGAGAUCUGUCCCGUCGGGCGAAGAUAAGAUCCCAAUAAUGGCGCGACUCGAUUGAGAAAACACUCGUAGGAAGUG